CUCAUCGGAAAUUAACAAAUUUUGUGAGGAAGAUGUCGUAUCACAAGCCCGAAGCCAAGACCGUCCAGGACCUGAAAGAUCUGGCCCAGAAGCUGCGCAUCCACUCCAUCACCUCCACCCAGGCCUCCAAGUCCGGACAUCCCACAUCAUGCUCCUCGAUUGCCGAGAUUAUGUCGGUGCUGUUCUUCCAGCAGAUGAAACUGAACCUGAAGCACCCUCGCGAUCCCUCCAGCGAUCGUCUGAUCCUGUCCAAGGGACACGCGGCUCCUAUCCUGUACGCCGCCUGGGCUGAGGCUGGUCUCUUCCCAGUUGAGGAUCUGCAGAACCUGCGCAAGAUCGACAGCGACCUGGAAGGUCACCCCACGCCCCGUCUGAACUUCAUUGAUGUGGGCACUGGAUCCCUGGGUCAGGGUGUUGCUGUUGGCGCCGGAAUGGCCUAUGUUGGCAAGAACUACGACAAGGCCGAUUACCGCACCUACGUGAUCGUCGGUGAUGGUGAGUCCGCCGAGGGAUCCGUGUGGGAGUCCCUGCACUUCGCUGGCCACUACGGCCUGGACAACCUGUGCGUCAUUUUCGACGUGAACCGGCUGGGUCAGUCGGAGGCCACUUCCCUUCAACACAAAUUGGACAUCUACCGCGAUCGUCUGGAGGCUUUCGGCUUCAACACUCUGGUUGUGGAUGGUCACGAUGUGGAGGAGCUGUGCAAGGCCCUGCACUGCGCCACCGUUACCAAGAGCAAGCCGACUGCUCUCAUCGCCAAGACCUUCAAGGGCAAGGACUUCCCCAACAUUGAGGAUGCCGACAACUGGCACGGAAAGCCCUUGGGCGACAAGGCCGCCGAAGUGGUCAAGCAUCUGCAGGGUCUGAUCGUCACCAAGGACGUCAAGCUGUGCCCCAAAACCGUGGGCAAGAGUGGAGCUGCUCCGGAAGUAGAUAUCUCCAAUGUGAAGCUCAGCUCUCCUCCUAGUUACAAGCUGGGGGAUUCGGUAGCCACCCGUCUGGCCUACGGCACUGCGUUGGCCAAGAUCGCAAAGAACAACGAGCGUGUGAUCGCCCUGGAUGGUGACACCAAGAACUCCACCUUCUCUGACAAGAUAAAGACUGUCUCCGCGGAGCGGUACAUUGAGUGCUUCAUCGCCGAACAGAAUCUGGUCGGUGUGGCUGUGGGUGCCGCCUGCCGUCGCCGUACCGUGGCUUUCGUUUCCACCUUCGCCACCUUCUUCACUCGCGCCUUCGACCAAAUCCGCAUGGGUGCCAUCUCCCAGACCAAUGUUAACUUCGUCGGCUCCCACUGCGGCUGCAGCAUCGGUGAGGAUGGUCCUUCCCAGAUGGGUCUCGAGGACAUUGCCAUGUUCCGCACAAUCCCCGGCAGCACCAUCUUCUAUCCCUCGGACGCCGUGAGCACGGAGCGGGCCGUGGAGCUGGCCGCCAACACCAAGGGCGUGUGCUUCAUCCGCACCUCGCGUCCCAACACCUGCGUCAUCUACGAGAACGAUGAGCCCCUGUGCAUCGGCCAGGGCAAGGUGGUGCGCCAGAAGAGCUCUGACGAAGUUCUGCUCAUCGGAGCUGGCAUUACCCUGUACGAGUGUCUGUCCGCUGCUGACCAGCUGGAGAAGAACUGCAUCACUGCCCGCGUUAUCGAUCCUUUCACCAUCAAGCCCCUGGACGCGGAUCUGAUUAUUGAGCACGGCAAGCAGUGUGGUGGACGCGUCGUCGUCGUAGAGGAUCACUACCAGCAAGGUGGUUUGGGCGAGGCUGUGCUGAGUGCCCUGGCUGGAGAGCGCAACUUUGUGGUGAAGCACCUGUACGUGCCCACCGUGCCGCGGUCGGGACCUCCCUCCGUUCUUAUCGACAUGUUCGGCAUCUCGGCCCGCCACGUCGUCGCCGCUGUGAACGAUCUUCUCAAGCAGUGAAAAGUUAACAGACUCCUAAAAUUAUUAUCACAUCGCCUACAGGAAUUCUCCAGCUACACUUACCAUUAACAUUCCCCCUUAAAGAUUGUUGCCUUUACAAUUGCGAAUUUUUUAAUGUUCGGAUGAGGAAAUAAAUUCUUUUUGAUAAAAGAAAUAAAAAAAA